CAACCAAGGAGACUGAGUUCAGGUUCUAUCACCAGCGACGCUGAAAGUGAGAAUAACGAACCGGACCCACCUGUUGCACGAAGAGGACGCCGUUCUGCCAUUUAUGAAACUAAAAAUUGUGGUGACGUGUCCCCGACAACAUUAUCACCAGACGUCUCACCUAGCAACUCGUGUGAUGAAGGUGAAGGCGCAAGUAAUAUUGCUGAGAGGUUGCGGCGAAGGAGGAGCUCUGUGGAUUUGGCGAUGAAUAUAUAUCCAGGCGACCUCCUAGUUCAAGAGCACCACAAGAAGCUAAUCAAGAGAAAUACCAUUGCUGACUUUUAUGCGAGCGGUAAACAACCCAGCGGGGGACCCGGACCUCCUGGUGGGGGUAAGGGGAGGCAGCCAUUUUCUCUGCUCAAGCUGAUGAAGACCAGAAGUAAGGAAUCCUUGACAAAAAUUGAUGAAAUUCUCAAGAGGGUAAAACCGUCAGAAUUCAAGGACAAUCAUUUAGCAGCUUAUAAGUCGUUACAUUGGUCUGAUCUCAUCGCUAGCUCAGACAAACAACAGAACAGUCAAACCGCCAACAUCUCCGACACCGAGAGAAAAAGAAGAGAGGCAGUCUGGGAGCUGUUCAAAUCCGAGUGCGUCUUUCUUAUUGAUCAUCUGAUGGUGCUCAAACACGUUAGCUACACAUUCUGUAAGGACUUUAUUGCUGCUCUACUGAAAGAUAUGAGUAUCACCGACUUUGGACGAACGAAUGUUUUAUUGCAGGCAUUUCAGCGGAGUCUCAAGCCAAGUUUGAGUAAACAACCAUGUGAAAAAUUACUAGCGUGUCCUAAGAGACAAUUACUACAUGAGGGUCAAAUCACACUUGUUGAAAAUCCAAAGCCAUUAGAGGUUCACAUGUUCCUGUUUGAUGACAUUUUGCUUAUUACCAAAGUCAAGAAAAUCCCCAGAAAGUCUAAACAGUCAAACACAGAUACUCAGUCAGCAGCGCAGUCAGACAGGACUUCAUACACAGUGCUCAGACAGCCGCUGGCACUUGACAGAUUUACACUUCAUGAUAUAUCUACUUCUGAUGCAGCAGCUAGUGGUUUGAAACACUGCUUCGCUCUUGUCCAUGUGUCUCGAUAUCAGCAAAUUACUGGCGUGUUUACAUUGCAGGCAGCCUGUGACGCAACAAAGAAUUUAUGGAUAUCACAGAUCAAAGAAGCAAUGGAUGCCUAUGCCAAAGCUGCUAGCAGUCGCAACAAUUCCUUUAAAGAGAACAAGAGUCCCAAACCUAAGGAGAAAGAAUCAGCAAAUUCUAACGAACGAAGAGACUUUUCAUUUACAUCACCACGGAAGGGAAUGCAACACAGACGUAGUGAAAGCCUGAAGGGUGUGCCUACAAAAUCCCGAUCCAUGGAUGCUGUGUUUAUUUAG